AUGGCAAACAACUUUUCUAGCCUGGAGAUGCGCUACCAGAAAGUUAUACUUCGAGCAAGAUUUGACGCGAACAAGGACGAAAAGGAUAUGCGGAAGAGCCAGUUCCUUCUGGCCGAUGGUUGUCGACAGCUGUGGGAGAAGAAACACUGGAAGCCUUUUAACUAUCCACUUGAUCCAGGAGGCAGUAGCUACGAUCGAGAGCGUGAGUCACCCGACGUGGUAAGUUUUAGUAUCAAGUUGUUUCUCGGUAGUCCUUUUUUAUUUUUCAUAAUUCUCAUUUGUCUAAGUCCACGUCCAUUCUCAGCUGGAAGCUGCGGUGUCAAAUGCAUGUUGGAUUCAGACCAGUGGACUCUGGCGGAACGCGAACAAUUUCCUUACUACUUCAAUAGACGAGAGCAGCGGAAAAAGGUAGGGCUUAUCGACAUUAUUCUAUGGUGA